AUGGCGGGCCAAUCGACACUGCGGCGCUCAGCCGCCGAGGGCGCCAUUCUGGAGUUUGUCGAAAAAUACUCGGCCAUGAUCCGAACCCGCUUGCGCCAGACUUCGCGAACAACCCGCCUCCUCGCAACCCUCGCCCUCGUCUCUUCCAUCAUACUUGGCGCAGAGGGCUCCCGCCGCUGGUGGAAGCGCAGGAAGACAGAGAAAGAGCAGGGCUUCAAGCUCGUGAGAACCAACUCGUGGCUGCAUAACAAGGACGGCUCUCGCACCAUAUACGUCCCUUACAAAGACGGCACCUCCAAGGUUGUGAUCUAUACGACCAAGCCGUUGACUUUCGAGGCGCAUCGGAGGCUUUUCCUGAACCCGCCACGCGUCUCAGGCCUGGGCGAUGCCACCGUUCCAUCCGCGCAGACGAAGCCGGGCCUCAACCUGGCCUUCCUCCAUCAGUUUCUGAGCCUGAUGAGCAUCAUGAUACCGAGGUGGACGAGCAAAGAGGCAGGCCUGCUCGUCAGUCAUGGAGUCUUCCUCAUGCUGCGGACUUAUCUCUCGCUGGUGGUCGCCCGGCUUGACGGCGAGAUCGUCCGUGACUUGGUGGCUGGCAACGGCAAGUCAUUCAUCUGGGGUAUUGUCAAAUGGUGCGGCUUAGGAAGUUUUGCCUCCUACACCAACGCAAUGAUCAAAUUCCUCGAGUCCAAGGUAUCAAUCGCUUUCCGGACGAGAUUGACGCGGUACAUACAUGAUCUGUACCUCAACGACAAUCUCAACUACUACAAGCUAUCUAAUCUGGACGGCGGCGUCGGCCAAGGAGCAGAUCAGUACAUUACCCAAGAUCUGACCCUAUUCUGUGCUGCAGCUGCGAAUCUGUAUUCGUCCCUAGGGAAACCUUUCGUCGACAUCUGCGUCUUCAACUAUCAGCUCUACCGAUCUCUCGGGCCGUUGGCGUUGACUGGUCUGUUGAGCAACUACUUCUUCACUGCAUCCAUCCUUAGGCGCCUCUCGCCUCCAUUCGGCAAGCUCAAGGCUGUUGAAGGCGCAAAGGAAGGCGACUUCCGCAGCUUGCACGCUCGGUUGAUAGCCAACGCCGAGGAAGUAGCCUUUUAUGGCGGUGCAGAAAUGGAGAAGCACUUCCUUAACCGCGAGUUCAAAUCCCUCAAAAACUGGAUGGAAGGCAUUUACAUGCUCAAGAUCCGCUAUAAUAUCCUAGAGGACUUCAUUCUGAAGUACAGCUGGAGUGCCUAUGGUUAUCUUCUGUCCUCGUUGCCAGUCUUUCUCCCCGCUUGGGGAGGACUGGGCGGCGCGUCAGAGCUCUUGGACUCCGCCGAGAAGGGUGGCCGUGAGCGCGGCCGCAUGCAGAACUUCAUCACGAACAAGCGCCUCAUGCUCUCACUUGCCGACGCUGGUGGCCGCAUGAUGUACAGCAUCAAGGACCUGUCUGAACUUGCUGGAUACACCAGUCGUGUGUACACGCUCAUCUCAACUCUGCACCGAGCGCACGCCAACGCGUACUAUGCUCGGGGUAGACCCAACGAGUUGUAUUCCCUGAGUGAUGUCCAGGGCACGAUUCAGAAAGGCUUUGACGGUGUGCGGCUUGAGAACGUGCCUAUAGUGGCUCCGGCUCUGUGGCCACAGGGAGGCGACGAGCUGAUUGAUUCCCUCAGCCUGAUUGUGCGCCGCGGUGAGCACCUACUGAUAUCGGGCCCCAAUGGCGUCGGUAAGAGUGCCAUCAGUCGAGUCCUGGCAGGACUAUGGCCUGUGUACCGUGGUCUAGUCUCUCGGCCAAAGGCCAAUGGCGAGGACGGAAUCAUGUUCCUUCCGCAACGGCCAUACCUCAGCGUGGGCACGCUGCGGGACCAGGUCAUAUAUCCGGACGGCGAGGCAGACAUGCGCGAGAAGAGGAAGAACGAACACGAGCUCAAGAGUGUCCUCGAGGCUGCAAAGCUGGGGUAUCUCCCUGAUCGCGAGGGCGGCUGGGACACCAAGAAGGAGUGGAAGGAUGUCCUCAGCGGCGGUGAGAAGCAGAGGAUGGGGAUUGCGAGGCUGCUGUAUCAUGAGCCGCAGUACGCCUUCAUUGAUGAGGGUACGAGUGCGGUGUCGAGUGAUGUGGAGGGCCUGUUGUACGAGACUUGCAAGGAGAAGGGUAUUACACUCAUCACUAUUUCGACGCGAGCCUCCCUGAAGAAAUACCACACUUUCAACCUCGUGCUCGGCAUGGGUGAAAAUGGCGACGAGUGGGAGUUCGAGCGCAUCGGCACCGAGCGGGAGAAGAUGCACGUCGAGAGGGAGCUUCAAGAGCUAAGGGAGAGACUGGCCAAGGUUGAGGAGUGGAAGACAAGGAGGGACGAGAUCGAGAAGGAGCUGGCGCAGGUGUGGGUCGAGGGCGGCGACAGCCUGCAGCCUCCUGCAUACACGGAGAAGGAGGGCGGGCAAGGCACUGGCGCUCAUGAGCAGGGAAACGUGGAUGUACAGACAUAG